GCAAAAUCUACUUCAGUCACAACUUAACUACUUCGUACAUAUCUAUCACCAUGAAGGUAUCAAGCGUUCUCACAGCAUUAGUCACCCUUCUGCCGCUGAUUAACGCCCUGCCAACAAAGUCCAGCUUGGCUGAGACCGCAAAAAGCAUCUUCGAGAGGCAGGCCUCAUGCACUGACAUUACCUGCAUCAAAGACACUGAUUGCUAUGGUAAUCGCUGCGGGAACUGCAACGUGGAUAUCGGAUAUUGUACCUGUCCACCAGAGGCCGAGGGUGGACCUUGCUAGAUUGAUUUCGUACGCUAAUACGAGCUAUACGGUCUUUGGAGGUAAUGAUCUAAAGCUUAUCUGACAACCGGAACGAAGAGCUGUAGUGACUGAGAGAGCUUACGGAACGCAAAACAUGUAACCAACA